AUGGGAGGUGUGGCUGCUGCCGUACCGGGCGUUAAAGUCUCCAAUAGGGCGCACAACUCUUCUCGUUCGGCCGGACCCUUCCAGUUUCGCUUUCUUCGUUUUCACUCCAAACUGCUUUCUCUUCCCCUUCUGGGUCAAGGGUCUGCCUCUACCGUAUCCUCAGGGUCUCGUCGACCUUUCACCAAGGCCUCCAUAUUUAUUCCUCACUUCUAG